AUGGGUGUGCCCGGACUAUGGGAUGUUCUCAACAAAGUAGGGAAAUCCACCUCAUUGGCGCACCUUGCCGUGGUGGAAGGCUUCGAAAGCAAUCGCUCGGGCAGGCGCGCCUACCGCAUCGGCAUCGAUGUGAGCAUUUGGUUCCAUCAUGCCUCUUUCAGUAAAGAAGGAGAAAACUGCCGACUACGCAACCUCUUUUUUCGUCUCAAGUUUCUUGCUUCUUUGCCACUUAUUCCUCUGUUCGUAUUCGAUGGACGACAGCGUCCUAAAGUCAAGCGGGCUAGUCGGCUAGGAAAAUCGGGGUCUCACGGUCUUUCGAAACAAUUUAAAGAGUUCUUGGAUGCGUUUGGGAUGGAGUGGCGCGAGGCGCUUGGAGAGGCUGAGGCUGAGCUUGCUUUUCUCAACCGGGAUGGUCACAUCGACGCCAUAAUGACAGACGACUGUGAUGCGUUUCUUUUUGGCGCAUGCACGGUCAUAAAGAAUAUCAGCAAGAAGCUAUCUGGGAACAAAAACAACCUUGCACUGAAUGCCGAUGACAAGACUGACAAUUACCACACGAUGGUCUACAAAAUCGCUGACAUCCGUUCUCAUGCCGAAGUCAGCAUGACAAGAGGCGGAAUGAUUCUUUUUGCCCUCCUAUCUGGGGAUGAUUAUCACGGAGGCGUUGAGCGAUUCGGUAAAGUGAUUGCCCAUUCCCUUGCUAGGUGUGGGUUUGGCGACGAGCUUCUCGAAGCUUAUGAAAAUCUUCAAGGCCAAGACCUACAGGAAUUCCUUCACCAUUGGCGCGAACGCGUUAAUGCUGAGUUACGAGCGAACACGCUGGGGUUUCUACCUCACCGGACUUCAUUGUCGCUUCCAAUUGCAUUCCCAGAGUUGGACGUUCUCGAGAAGUACGCUAAUCCGACACAUAGCACGAGCGGACGCAACGGGAGUGUCGCUCUUCGAGACGUCAAAAACCUUGACCUUGGACGAGUGGCAUCCUUGUGUGAGCAAUAUUUUGAGUGGGGGUACAGAGACAGAAUUAUCGAGCGCUUCCGGACGUUGAUGUGGCCAGCAGCUGUCAUGCACGUUCUUAGGAGGGCCGCCCUCGAAGCUGACGAUGAAGCACGCCGUCGGUCGUCGGUAUGUGGACGAGAAGUGGGCACUCCUGCUUCUAUCGUUCAGCAAUAUCUCGGAGCUGUGAACAAAAUACAUGCACGUCAAGAAAUGUAUGCCGACGUUUUCGUCAACCGGACGCAAACCCAAGAACGAACGACACCCAACGCAGGUCCCCAUGACUCUCACCCGAUCAUUACUAGCAUGGUUGGCAGUCGCCAGCAUCCAUCGACAGGUCACCUCCUGGAGUAUCGCGUUGAAAUUUCACCUAUCCAGUUGGUGACUCUCACGAAUGCUGGAAUCCAGGAUACAAGAUCCCAUCCACCUGAAACAACACCUUCCAAGACAGAUCGCAAUUCCGCUUUGCGGUUGUGGAUCCCGGCGACAAUUCUGCAGCGCGUUCACCCUUCCAUGGUCGAACAUUAUAUCUUAGAGAAAACAAGGAAGAAAGGGAAGGGGAAGGCCCGUGCUCCCACCCCCUUGUCAGAUUCCGAAGAAGAGCACCUAAUGCCAUCUUCAAGUCAGACGCGGGCCCCAUCUCAGGGGCAACACGCAGCGUCUACGAUGGCCGUCCCUCGUUCAAGCCCAGAACCCUCCGUAAUCAGAGUAGUUUUGGAUCCUUGGUUCACGUCCGAGUUCCCCGAAUCCCGCCCUCCUCGAAGAGGAACGUCGCGUGGUUUUCUUUUCACAUUCGAAAACCCCGAUAUGGAAGAUCCAGAGCUUGGAGUUGAUGAAGGCGGGUUCGGGUUCGCCCUUGCCCAAGAAGCUCAGGACGACCAGGAACUCGAUGAACGGCCUUUGACCAACUUCGACCGACUUUGCGAUCGUAUACUCUUCGCACCCUCGAAGUCCAAGAAGUCGACUAAGAAGCGAACCUCUCACCAAGACAUGGCUCCUCCGAGGCUGCCAACCAAAAGACCGCGAAUAUCGACAGGAUCGGCGGUUUUGGAUAUUUUGGAUCUGACUAUGACCUAG